AUGCCCGUGGACAGGGAAGUACCAAGUAUGUUGGGACGUAACCAACUCAAAUGGCAUGGAACAAGUGACGGCGGUGACCGGCAGAAGAAUGUUGUCACAUCUUGCGCCAACAGUUAUCACAAAAACGGGAGACAGCAAAAUCAAACCUACCACGAUAAUCCGAGAACCAGCUUCACUUUUGAUAACCACAAAGGAGGAAGCAACGGAGAUAGAGGUAGAGGACAAAGAGGUCGUGGUGGAGGACGAGGAAACACCAUGAGAGGAGGUGGUCCAAGUGUGAGAGGUGGUGGUGGUAUGGUUCCAAGUGCUACAACUUUAGUGAAUGGAAUCAUGGUACCGAAGUUUGGGCCAGGAGCCUUUGAGGUGUUGAAAACGGCACAAGCAAAUAGUAGUAACGCCCAACUUCCCAUGAGUAACUUGUCUCAUCAAAGACGAGAAACACCUCCAAAAGACCUACAGACCAACGAAGGAACCGUGACAGAGAACAUGAACCUCCCCGUAGACAACAAGAACCACAACCAAUUACUUACCCUAGGUUCCCGGUUAAAGCCAGACCAGAACUGGUAG